AUGUCGAUGGCAGGGGACUGCGGUGGAGACGACGAGAACACGAAGGAACAGCUGCCGGCCCCCUGCCGCCGAUCUUCACGCGCCUCCCUCUCUCAGACCGCCAGCCACUGCUCCACGCUCUCUACCCCAUCCCCGACCUCUAGCACAGCCAGCGCGAACUCAACAACGUCCUCGAGCUCCCCGCCCUUGAAGCAACGCUCCGCGCCCUUCAAGCAACACGCCGGGAUCCAGACUCUGCACCAUGCACGACCCACCGCGACCGGCCCCUCCCGGCACCAUCCCCAGCCCGGUCCGCUCCUCACCUCACCCCUGACCACCUCCACCAUCACUACCACCCAUUACACAGAUACGCAGUAG